AUGAAUUCAUUUAAUCGGAUAAUAUAUAAAGUUAUUGAUCAAAUUCGAAAGACGGAUAAGCAUGCGCGUUUUUCUUACUAUGUAAAUGGCAAGAGGAUGAUGUUUUACAAAGAUUUGCAAGUGCUUUUCCAUUUUUUUACUGUUUUGUUAUACGUUUCUGGUGAAACAUUAAUGAGGAGAAAUGAAAAACGUAUCAGCCUUAGAAACAGCUAUCAGAUGUGCCUCGACACUUUUAAGAUUCACGAAGAUAAAAUUAUUCGAACGCAGGAAUCCUUAGACAUGGGUGCUAAAUUUUUGAAGGAAUUUGAGUUUAAUUCUAGAGAAGAAUGUUUAAAAUUCUGCUGUGAUACAGAAGAUUGUGACGUGUUUAUUUUUGAAGAGAAGAAGCCUGGAAGUUGUUAUCUUUUUCAAUGUGGUCCAUUGCAUGACUUCAAAUGUAAAUUUACAAGUCACGCUAACUAUAGUAGUGCAAUUCGUAGUAGCUAUAAUACACAAAGCAAUUCACAACUGGAGAAGGAAAGUACGAUUUCUCAACAAGAACAUGAAUUGAAAUCUCUUAGGAAAUUAGCAGACCCAGCACCAGCAAAAUAUUCUUUCACAGAAUCCCCCAUGAAAUUAAUUGUAACAUUGGCACCAAAAUUAUCAUUAACAACGUCCCCACCUAUCAAACAGGUUUGUACUAAAAACCAAUAUGAAUGCAGCUUAUCUGGAGAUUGUAUAGCAAUAUAUAAUGUAUGCGAUGGUAUACCACAAUGUACUGAUGGAUCUGAUGAAGCAAUAGAUGUAUGUCCCACAGAAAAAUCAACAAGUUUCCCUUCUAUAGCCCAAGGAGUUCAACCUCCACUACCAUAUCAACAAAUGGUUGAUCGACAUAAACCCUAUGCUCCACUAUAUCCUCAUGUUUCAGAAGUUAAUUCUUGGAAAUUGCCUAAUUUAGCUCAGCAAAUGAUUCCACCUCAGCUACUUCUAUAUCCAGCUCGUCAAAUGGAAGGUGCUCCAGGGUAUCAAUGGGAUUAUCAACCCAUAUAUGAUCGAAAUAAAGCCAUUUAUAAUUCUUAUCACGAACAAAGCAAUCUAAACCCUUCUGAACAGGAUCAGUCACAUAUUUUCAAUCAUAAGGGAUUGGGUGUAAUAGGAGAAAAAGAAUCAGAUGGUGGUACAUAUAUGGAUGCAAAAUAUCCAUACAAAACAUCAUAUUUCCUAUCAUCAAAUAGGCAAAAUAAUCAGGUUUAUCUGUCUCCAUCUCCAAUAUCGAAUGUGCAACAGAAACAAAUAAUGGAAACAGAAAAGGAUGUUAUUAUUACAACAACACCUGCUUGUGAUACAUCACAUGAACAAAAAGAUGUUUCAUUAAAAAGUCAAGAAAUCGGAAAAAUCGCUCAACAAGGGGAGAAACAUAUAGUACAUGGAAAAGAAAUUAGUCAGAAUAUGUUAAAAAAUGAAACUCUGAAAUUUAGUCAUAUUCAAACAAAGGAAACAAAAGAACAUAAAAGUGUAAUAGUUAUAAAACAUCAUAGCAGAGAGCAUGGAAGAAAUACCUUAAUGGCAGAGCACUUGAAACAAGCAAAUGAAAAUGAAGUUCUGAGACCCAGGGGAGCAGUCAUAUCGUUGGCUUUAGGACUUACAAUAACAGCUAUUACAGCUACAUUAAUUGCUUGCCGAUUACGAGUUGUCCGAAGACGUGGAAGACGGCACGGACUAUAUGCUCAUGAUGCGGAUUAUUUAGUAAAUGGAAUGUAUCUUUAAGUGAGUAUACGAAUUUCUUUAGUCAAAGGAAUGUAGUGAUUUUCAUACUAUUUUAAGUAACAACACAAGAAAAAAUGUUUUGUCUUAGUAGUCUGAUUUUAAAACUAAUUAAAAAAUGAAAAUGUUUUGAUUCAUAUUCAUUUUAUAUUUGUGAAAUUUGUUUCAUCAUCUUAUGUGCGAUAGGUAUUGUGUGAAAGUAAUUGUAUUAAAUUUGUGAAAAUUUGCUAUAAAAUUAUAUUUUUUAAGUAUUUUAUAAAAUAAAUUUUUGCUCGAGUAACUUACAUUUAUCAAAUUAAUAUCUUAAUUUGUACAAUAAUAUUUGAUUUUUAAAAAAUAUUGACAAUAUAAAAAGAAAUUAAGAAUUUUCGAAUAGAAUGAAUUCUAUGAUAAAGCGCAACACGAAAAUUUACUGUAUAAUUUGAAAAGGCUUUAAUAGAUUUAACGGUGAAACUGUACACAAGCGAAUGUAAUACACAUGUAUCUUUAAUUCAGUGCAGCUGUGUUUGAGAAAAGAGAAAACUACCAGCUUAUAACAAAAUUAUAUUUAUAUAUAACUUUUACAAUCAUACAAUACAAAGGUAUAUACGAUUCUUAAUAAUAGAAUCACUGUUUCCAAGAUUAUAGUAACUAGCUAUUCUAAAAAAAUUGUUACUAUGUCGUUUUUAUACCUCAAUUGUAUCAAAAAAGAAGCUAGGUACCAAAGUAUUUCUUCAAAGUACUUACAUAUCUCUAAAAGGGAUUGUUCUUAUUUCACAUGAAUGUUUCUAAAUACAGAAUACAUGUAGUAUAUACAUAAAUUCGAUUAAUUUGUGCUGUUGGAUACAGUGGAAAUAUAUAAAAAUUGCUAUAUCAUUACAAUUGUAUAAUAUGUGUAGAAUUUUUCAUACUUAGUAAUUUUAUUUGUAUAAAUACUACAACAUUAUUAGUCUAACCAAACCCAACAAUUUAUAUAAAAUAUGAACAAAAUAAUGGAAGCAUUUAAAUUAUUAAUACUUCUGCUACUUAACUAACAAUAAGAUAGCUAGAAAUUUGAAAAAGAAUCUAUAUUAAAGAAAAUUGUUCUUAUAUCUUUUUACAUUAGAAUUUUAUGGAUUAGAAUUAAUCUCUAAUAUAAUUUUCAUGUAAAAAAAUAAUUACAUUUUAUUAAAAAACCAAUUUCUAAUGUAUAACAAGGGCAUAUACUAAAUUCUGUUACAGCAAAUAGAAUUGUAUUUGAUUAAAUUAUACAUAAUGUUUCUCUCCAAUAUAUAUUUCAUCAGUUGUAUUUCUGAUACUCCAAUCACUUUGUAUAUAAAAAGAGACAGUAUUACUUGUUCAAAUAUGAAUAUUAUAUAAUUGAAACAAAUUUAUAUUUUCGUUAA